AGAAAACUAUAUGCAUCGUCUUUAGGCUGAAAAACAAUACAAUGGAAUGUAGAAAAUUAGUAGGAAAAGAUGAUAUAUUUGGAAAUAAAUAAAAUGGAUAAAAGUAAUGCGAGUUUUUAUCUAAAGGCGCUACUUUGUAUUAAUACGGUAUGUGGUCCCCUUGAUCCGCUUUGUGACCCCAUGCCCCGUCAACUGCCUACGUAGUAUACUCCCCAUGCAAAUGACUUGGCAUCAUUCCUCCACUCCUGAGCAUUUUCAUUGUUAAUAGUCCAGUGUAGAAGUUUCAAUUAGCAUUUCAUUAAAUUCACCACAUAAGCUAAACGCAAUUCAAGGGAAGCAUUAAAAUCUAAAUUCACUCCCAUUUGAUCUGCUAACACUCACAAGUCGUUGCCGAAUUUCCGCGUGUGAUUGUACCCAAAUAGUCCCUCCUUAAAGCACUUUGUUAAACUUACAAUAUCCCUAUAAGAUCAACAAUGGCUCUUGUUCUCAAAUUCCUGUACACGAACAUCAAUUACCUCUUUGUCGAGCAUGAAGAUGCAAGAACGAAGGAUUUCCCAAUCAUUCAUAGUCUUCCGCAAGUCAUCGCCAUCAUUGCGAGCUAUUUGUAUUUUACCAAAUCCUGGGGGCCACGUUUCAUGGAAAGUCGGAAACCGUACGAGCUAAAAGCUAUCCUAAUAAUAUACAACACGUUGCAAGUCCUUGCAAAUAUUUGGCUAGGACUUUAUGCGACUUACCAUUCUUACUGGCGAGGAGGAUGGAACUUCUUUUGUGAACCAAUAAGACAAGAUUUCAGCCCUCAAGGAUACCGAGUAGCAUUUGUAGUUUACUGCUACUAUUUGCUUAAGGUUACAGACCUGCUAGAUACUGUAUUCUUUGUUCUACGAAAGAAGUACAAUCAAAUAACCUUUCUACACGUGUACCAUCAUGCAAUGAUGGUCUUUGGGACGUACAUUGCAUCAAAGUUUGCUAUUGCAGGCCAUGCAUCGAUGCUGGGUAUUGUUAAUUGCUACGUUCACGCUAUUAUGUACAUGUACUACCUCAUAUCAUCAUUCAAGCCAGAUAUGAAAAAGUCAAUUUGGUGGAAGAAACACAUCACGCACGUACAAAUGAUCCAGUUUACGUUCCUGAUUUUUCACUUUGGUCGACCCUUGGUCAUGCAGGACUGUGACUAUCCACAAGCUAUGUCUGCUAUUUGUUUCGUCCAGAAUCUCUUUAUGCUCGUUCUCUUCUCCGAUUUCUACCGUAAAGCAUAUCUCACGAAGAAAAAAGAAAUUUGAAAUUUCAAAAUAAAUAUGCCCUACAACAAGCGGUCUCCGUUCUCCCUGAUUUCCCUCCAAGAAAAAUAUUUUUUGUUAAAAUGAA